AUGUUGAUGAAUAUUGCUCUCGGCCUAUUGGCCGCUCAGGGCGCCGCUGCGGCGCGGUUCGCCAUGUAUAUUGAUGAAUAUCAUACUACCGAUCUCCCCGGGAGCGAUCAAACAGCCCAGGUUGAUCACGCGAUCAUGGCAUUUGCCCCGACAAAGCUGUUCAACUCUGACUCCCCACCCUCGUUCACGCCAUUCGAGCCUGUGGACACCAUGCGCAAGCGUUUCGGUCCUGACACUAAGGUCAUGAUUGCCAUUGGUGGCUGGGGUGACACAGCCGGUUUCUCUGACGGAGCCAAGGAUGACACCAGCCGCAAGCGCUUCGCAGAGAACGUGGCUGCGAUGCUUGAUGCCAACAACUUUGAUGGUGUUGACAUCGACUGGGAGUACCCCGGCGGUAACGGCCAGGACUACAAGCAAGUCCCCAACUCCGCCAAGGUCGACGAGAUCGAGACCUACCCCAAGUUCCUCGCAGCCGUCCGCGAGGCCAUCGGUAACAAGACCCUCUCCAUCGCCGUUCCCGGCCGUAGAGGUGACAUGAUCGCCUUUACCAAGGAGCAAGGUCCUGAGAUCUUCAAGUCUGUCGACAUGGUGAAUGUCAUGACCUACGAUCUGAUGAACCGCCGUGACAACGUCACCGCCCACCAUACUAGUGUUGAGGGAUCUCUUGACACCGUCCAGGCAUACCUUGAUUUGGGUCUCGAGCCUGAGAAGGUCAACCUUGGCUUUGCUUAUUAUGCGAAGUGGUUCACCACCGACCCUGACUCUGAUUGUAAGGAGCAUCCUCUUGGUUGCAAGGUUGUUAAGCUUGAGAAUGAUGAUGGCAGUGACAAUGGCAAGUCUGGUGCUUUCACUUUUGAGAAGGGUGUUAUGGAUCCUCCUCCCGCCGACCUCAAGACUUCGUAUAAUGGCAAGUGUGGAUAUUCCGAGGGUACUAAGUGCCCUGAUGGAACUUGCUGCAGCGCCUAUGGAAACUGCGGAACUGGCGACGAUUUCUGCCAGGCUGGUUGUCUCUCCGACUACGGGACUUGCAAGGGCAUCUCCAUCACCGACUCCUGGCGCCGCGCUUCCAAAGACGGCCAGACUGAUGACCAACAAGGUGGCCAGUACUACUGGGACGAGGAGACCAACCUCUUCUGGUCUUGGGACACUCCCGACCUCAUCACUCGCAAGUUCUCGGAUAUCGUGCAGGCUAAGAACCUGGGUGGUGUUAUGGCGUGGUCCUUGGGCGAGGAUACCUACCAAUUUGCCCAUCUAGAGGCGAUGCAGAAUGGUGUUAGGCAGACUACCCAGCAGAAUGCUGGUGAGUAG